GGGAUGACCCUUCUAUAGCCAUACAUCCCUUCGGCUUGACCGUUGCCUUUUUUGUUUUCAGUUGGAUAUGUCAGGUCGGUGUCGGUUUUUGAAAAGAUUUUCUUCUACGAAACACUGAUAUUGGGAGUUCGUACUUUCAUUGUUAAAUCGAAACAAUGAGAUGAUAAUUGUUAAGUAGCUAUAAAAGUAGUUACGACAUGGCAUCUCGCAGGUGAGGCACGUUACAGCACUUGCAUAAAAAAGAACACAUGGUUUCAUCCAAACAUAUCAGGCUUAGAAGCGGAAAAAUUGUUGAUGGAACAUGGAUAUGAUUGUUCAUUUCUAGCGAGACCCAGUUCUUCCAAUCCUGCAAAUUUCACACUAUCUGUUAGACGAAAUGGGGAGGUGACCCAUAUCAAAAUUCAAAACACAGGAGACUUUUAUGAUCUUUAUGGAGGUGAAAAGUUUGCCACAUUAUCUGAGCUCGUUCAGUACUACAUGGAAAAUGGUGGACAAUUACGCGAAAAAAAUGGAGAAGUAAUCGAGCUGCGUUAUCCUUUGAACUGUGCUGAUCCCACUACAGAAAGGUGGUUUCACGGACACUUGUCCGGAAAAGAAGCAGAACGUUUAAUGGUAGAACGGGGGAAGAACGGCUCAUUUCUCGUACGAGAGUCACAGAGCAAACCUGGUGAUUUUGUAUUGUCCGUACGCACUGAUGACCGUGUCACUCACGUGAUGAUACGAUCACAGGACAACAAAUUCGACGUAGGUGGUGGUGAUAAAUUUGACAGUCUGAGCGAUCUCAUAGAGCAUUACAAACGCAAUCCAAUGGUUGAAACAAGUGGCACCGUUGUCCACCUACGACAACCAUUCAACGCAACUCGAAUAAAUGCAAGCGGAAUAGAAAGCAGAGUAAGACAACUCCAUAAAGAAAAUGGAUGGUUCAACGCAUCCGGGACUGGUACUCUUGGAACUAGCAAUGGGGCUGGCGGCUCUGUCAAAGGGAAAGCUGGUUUUUGGGAAGAGUUUGAGUCGUUACAACAGCUUGAAUGUCGCCAUCUAUUCUCCCGAAAGGAAGGACAGCGUCCAGAGAACCGCGCGAAAAAUCGCUAUAAAAAUAUAUUACCAUUUGACCAUACAAGAGUGCGCUUAAAGGAUGUAGAUCCUACUGUCCCAGGAGCUGACUACAUCAAUGCCAACUACAUACGGAAUGAAGAAGGUGACAGUACAGUAGCUGUAGGCGCUGCUGGUGGUGAUGUUAUGGCGUUAACCAAAUGUUAUAUUGCGACUCAAGGGUGCCUUCCAAAUACCAUCCAGGAUUUCUGGCACAUGGUAUACCAAGAAAAUACUCGUGUUAUUGUAAUGACUACAAAAGAAAUGGAAAGAGGAAAGAAUAAGUGUGCUCGUUAUUGGCCAGAGGAGGGCGAACAAGCUGAGUAUGGAGGAGAAUGGAGAGUGCGUACCUUGGGGCACAUAUCAACAGCAGAUUAUACUCUCCGCGAGUUUCUUCUGUGGGGAGUUAAACCGCAGCAUUCUGAACCUCGAAAAAUCUACCAUUACCACUUUCAAGCGUGGCCGGAUCAUGGAGUCCCCUCGGACCCUGGCUGCGUUUUGAACUUUCUGCACGACGUCAAUGCAAGACAAACUGCUGCUGCUGCGGCCCCUAGCUCCAAUAAUACUAUUACCCCAGGAAUUGGACCAGUUCUUGUUCAUUGCAGUGCUGGUAUUGGAAGAACGGGCACGUUUAUCGUUAUCGAUAUGAUCCUCGAUCAGAUCAAACGACAUGGCCUUGAAUGUGAAAUUGACAUCCAACGCACAAUUCAGAAAGUGAGAAGUCAACGUUCAGGAAUGGUACAGACUGAAGCUCAGUAUAAGUUUGUAUACUUAGCAGUUCUUCAUUACAUUGAGACAGUCUCGCAACGCAUGGUGGCACAGCAGAAAGCCUCGCAGUUGGGUCGUGAGUAUACCAAUAUUAGAUAUUCAAACGAAACGAAUGUAGCAAGCACCGGGUCUGGGGAUACCUCGACCCUUACACCGACACUUGCUACUCUCCCGACACCAACAAAUUUUACACUAUCUACCAUUGUUGGUGCGCUUAGGCCAAAGUAACCCGGAUUUAUUGUUCGAUCGCCUGUGAACGAACAAUUUAACAAAUGGCAGUUCUUAGGAAGCCUAUUUGCUAUUUUCUUUUGAGUGAAAUUCGUAUGCUCUACAACUCGAGCGACACGUUUAAAAUCAAGAUAAUUGGUUAAAAUCUUAAGUGUUUGCACAAAGGGCAGAUUUAUUCCUUUUCCACUCUGAGAUUGGCAAAAACGAAGAGAGAAAAAAAAGGAACGAACAUUCACUUGCUUACCGAGAUUCAUAUACAUUAUUUUAUUUGUCAUUAUUAAUCGAUACAUCAGGUUGUUCUAUGUUGGGUGAAGUAAACGUCCUCUGUCCAUUUAUAUUUAUAAUAUGAAUAAAGAUCAAAUCGCAA